AUGUCCAAGCGGCGUGCGUCGGAGAGAGGGGCCGGAGAGACAUCGGGCAGGGCCAGCAAGCUGCAGUGUCCCGGGAUAUCUGGCAGCAACGCCAAGCGAGCAGGGCCAUUCAUCCUUGGGCCUCGUCUAGGCAACUCGCCGGUGCCCAGCAUAGUGCAGUGUCUGGCCAGGAAAGAUGGCACUGACGAUUUCUACCAGCUCAAAAUCUUGACGCUUGAGGAGCGAGUGGACUCUGCCGGCGAGACGCAGGAGGAAAGGCAAGGGAAGAUGCUGCUGCACACGGAGUACUCUCUCCUGUCUCUUCUGCACAACCAGGAUGGCGUGGUCCACCAUCACGGCCUUUUCCAGGACCGGGCUUACGAAAUCGUGGAGGACCCGGAUGCCAUCAAGGUGCGCAAGAUGAAGAAGCGCAUCUGCCUGGUGCUUGACUGCCUAUGCGCACACGACUUUAGCGACAAAACGGCCGAUCUCAUUAACCUGCAGCACUACGUCAUCAAGGAGAAACGCCUGGGUGAGCGCGAGGCCAUCAUUAUAUUCUACGAUGUGGUGCGUGUGGUUGAAGCCCUGCACAAGAAGAACAUUGUGCACAGAGACCUCAAGCUAGGGAACAUGGUGCUGAACAAACGGACGCAUCGAAUCACCAUCACCAACUUCUGUUUAGGAAAACACCUUGUGAGUGAGGACGACCUCCUCAAAGACCAAAGAGGAAGUCCCGCCUACAUUAGUCCCGAUGUGCUAAGCGGCCGCCCGUACCGCGGCAAACCCAGCGACAUGUGGGCUCUAGGCGUGGUACUCUUCACCAUGCUGUAUGGCCAGUUCCCCUUCUACGACAGCAUACCUCAAGAGCUCUUCCGAAAGAUUAAGGCCGCAGAGUACUCCAUCCCAGAAGAUGGCCGCGUGUCAGAAAACACUGUUUGUCUGAUCCGAAAGCUACUGGUGCUCGACCCUCAGCAGAGGCUGACCGCCGGUGAGGUGCUGGAGUCUCUCGGUGACAUCAUCGCAUCUUGGCAGUCUGUUUCGUCACUGAGCGGCCCGCUGCAGGUGGUUCCGGAUAUCGACGAUCAGGUCAACCACCCAGAGCAUCUACAAGAGGCCAAAGUGACGGAGGAGUCGUCGCAGUACGAGUUUGAGAACUACAUGCGCCAGCAGCUCCUGCUGGCCGAGGAGAAGAACACGUUCCACGAGGCCAAGAGCUUCCUGAAGCGCCACUUCAACAGCCUGCCCCCAGUGCGCCGCCUGGGCCACGACGCCCAACCCGUCAGCCCGCUGGACGCCGCCAUCCUGGCGCAGCGCUUCCUCCGCAAGUAG